CAAGCUUGGUACACAAAAUAAUACCCACUGAUGUGGCAGCCAACAUGGCAUAUGACAUCUCAUCUGCCACAUUGGCAAUUUGCCACAUCAGAGGAUAAAAUUUCUUCAAAAAAUGUAAUUGAUUGUGCCAUAUCUUUCUAAAACAAACCCACUUUCUCAAACAGCAAUCACGUAAACAACAGCCAACCACCAUCAACCCAAACUCGUGUUUAACCAUAACCAGCAUCAUCCAUCACUUUUUGGAACCGCCAUCGAUUGUCAGCUCUUUGAAACCAUCAUCGGACUUCAUUUGCUGGAGAUGUCAGAGGAUUUAACUUCUUCUUCAAAGUUGGAUUUGUUGCAAAGUGUGACUUCACCGGAGCCUUCAUCAGAGCAACUAAGAAUUUCAAAAAUGGAGGAGUGCAGUCAAACAAAUUCCAAGAACACUUCUUCUCAUUUCAAUGUUAUUGGGGAUAAUCAUUUUGAAGAAACUGAUUAUACAAGAAGUUUAGAAGAGGAAUGGGAGCCUAAGCCUGGAAUGGUUUAUGAUUUGUUAGAGAAUCUUGUUCAAGACUAUAAAAGCUAUGAAAAUAAGAAGGGUUUUGAAGCUAUUAUACGAUCUACAACAAAAGGAGAUGAUGGAGAUGUAAAAUAUGUGGCGUUGGCUUGUUCUUGUCAUGGGAAGGCUAGAAGUAAUUGUAGGAAUGCUUUUAAAAUGCAUCCAAUGACAAAAACAGAUUGCAAGGCGCGAAUUCGUGCAAGCAUACGUUUCGAUGGUAAAUGGACAAUAUCUUCAGUUAUAUUAGAUCAUAACCAUGAACUCAGUAGUCCUGCCAAGACUAGAUACUUUAAGAGCAAUCGAAUAAUACAUCCAUCUGUGAAAAGGAAACUUGAAGUGAAUGAUAGGGCUGGCAUUAGACCAAAUAAAAAUUUCAAUACCUUAAUAGUUGAAGCAGGCGGUGCUGAAAAUUUGCCAUUCUUACAGAAAGAUUGUAGGAAUUAUAUUGAAAAGGUAAGGAGGCUACGACUUGGUGUUGGAGAUGCUUCUGCAAUUCAGAAAUAUUUUCUUAAAAUGCAAAGUGAGAAUUCAAAUUUCUUCAACACAAUGGAUUUAGAUGAAGAGGGUCGUCUUAAAAAUGUUUUAUGGGUGGAUGCGAGAAGUAGGGCCGCUUUUAAAGAAUUCGGUGAUGUUGUGACAUUUGACACCACAUAUUUGACCAACAAAUAUGAUAUGCCGUUUGGUGCUUUCGUUGGAGUGGAUCAUCAUGGUCAUUCAAUAUUAUUUGGUUGUGGGUUAAUCUCUAAUGAGGACACAGAGACAUUUGUAUGGCUUUUUAAAUCUUGGCUUGCGUGUAUGUCCAAUUGUGCUCCUAAGGCAAUAAUUACUGAUCAAGACAAGGCAAUGCAAAAUGCAAUUGAGAUUGUGUUCCCCAAUACACGACAUAGAUGGUGUUUGUGGCAUAUAAUGAAGAAGUUGCCUGAAAAAUUGAGAGGUUAUUGUGAAUAUGAACAUAUUAAGUUUUCUUUGCAAAAUAUUGUGUAUGAUUCGUUAACAAGUGAUGAGUUUGAAGAACGCUGGAAUAAGUUCAUUGAUAAAUACAACCUUCUCAACAAUGCAUGGCUACUUGGAUUAUAUAAUGAAAGACGACGUUGGGUGCCCGCUUUUCUAAAGGAUACUUUUUGGGCAGGUAUGUCUACCACGCAGCGCAGUGAAAGUAUGCAUUCAUUCUUUGAUGGUUAUGUCAAUUCAAAAACCACUUUAAAACAGUUUGUGGAACAAUAUGAAAAUGCAUUGCGUGAUAAAGUGGAAAAAGAAAGGGAGGCUGAUUUUAAAUCUUUCAAAUCAUGGAUCCCUUGCAUAAGCACUUAUCCAAUGGAGAAACAAUUUCAAGAUGCAUAUACCAUUGCAAAAUUCAAAGAAUUUCAACAAGAACUUGCUGCUAAGAUCUAUUGUGGGUUGUCUUCUUUUAAAAAGGUUGAUUCUUAUAUGGAAUUUAUAGUACAAGAAGAUGUUGUGGUUGGAGAGACUCAUCGUCGUGUUACUUUUGUAGUUCGCUUUGAUGAAUCAACUUAUGAUAUUCAUUGCAAUUGUCGAAUGUUUGAGUUUAGAGGAAUAUUAUGUCGACAUGCAAUUGUUGUGCUAAUUGAGAAGCAAAUUUCUCAUGUACCAGAUAAGUUCAUUUUAAGGCGAUGGAGGAAAAACAUAAACAGGUGUCAUACCAAGGUCAAAAUAAGUUAUAAUAGUUGGAACUCUAAUCUUGAAGGGCAAAGGUUUGAUAAAUUGUUUAAUUACUUCAGUGUUGUUGCAGAUUUGACAUCAAAUAAUGAUAACGAUUGUAAUAUGGUGAUAGCAAUUAUAACUGAUAUGAAGAACAAGUUAAUCUCAAGUGAAAAUGUUGAUAGGAAUUGUAAAAGUUUAAACAUGUCAAAUAGUAUGACAAAUCCUAAAGUUGGUGAUGGAACUUCCAAUGAGGGCGACAAUAAAAUUCUUACUCCACAGGCUGUUCGUAGCAAGGGUCGUCCUCCAUUCAAAAGAAAACAAUCAAAAGUUGAUCAAAUUAUCCGCAAAGUAAAAGAGAAGAAAUUGCGUAUACAAAAAAUUAAUUAAAAAGGAUUAAGGAGAGUUCUUUUGAGGUGUGAUCUACCAAGUGCAUGUGUAAUUAAGUCUCAGUUUUUUAGUUUUAUAUAAACAUGUUAUUGAUGGAAGAUAACUUUAUGAUAGAGAUAACACUAACUGUGAAACUUUUGCAGAUAUUAUAAUAAAAGUGGGGA